GCAAAACCAUCACAAACAAUUAUUCAAAUUAACCUGUUUGGGAUCAGAUAAAGUUUGGAUUAAUGGAGCAGACAAAAUGAUACGAAGUGUUGACAUACUAGGAAGUGUAAAAGACACUGUCACCAGUAAAUGUAAAGACUUUCCUAAUAGUGUUGCAGUAAACAGGCAGGGAGAACUGAUUUACAGUGAUGUUGCUAAUAGAGCGGUGAACAUUGACAGACACGGGAAGACCGAGACACUGAUCACCACACCACGGGGCUGGCAUCCAUUGGGACUGUGCUGUACCAGAUCAGGGGACAUCCUUGUCAGUAUGUGUACUACUGAUACUAGUCAUCACAAAAUUAUUCGUUAUCAGGGACAGAGAGUGACACAGGAAAUAGAUAAAGAUGAACGCGGCAAUCCAAUCUAUCAAGGAGGGAAGUAUGGAGCGUUGGUGACAGAGAACAACAACGGUGAUAUAGUGACCUCUGAUGACAAUGCUAGAUUAGUGGCAGUGGUGGACAGGAAUGGGAAAGUCCGAUUCCGAUACGACAAACCACCUGGGAGACAGAAACCACUCGAUCCUACACAGAUAGUGACAUACUCCAUGGGUCACAUCAUUGUGGGAGAUGAACUCAAUAAUUGUUUUCAUAUUCUAGGUCAGAAUGGGCGAUUCCUGAGAUGUGUGAAAAUUUGUAGAUUAUAUAAACCUGCAGGACUGAGUGUGGACAAUGAGGGGAGAUUGUGGGUGGGACUGUUAAGUUCAGGUGAAGUGAAAGUGAUCCAGUACAUGAUAUAAACAGUACGAUAUCUAAAUGAUGUGUAUCACUGUUUAUUUCAACCAGCGUCAGGUAUCCAUAUCUAGACACACGUCCAUUUCUGCCAGAACUCCAGUUAAAGAUUUCAAGACACGAAAAGAAAGUGAUACCAAAAAGCAGUGCCACAAGAUGCAGAUAUAAAAGGCAUGUACAGUAUAAAGUUUGUGAGAUUUUA